AUGAUCUCUUUGUUUCCUUCGGGCCGAACCCGACCAGACCGACACUUUCUACGGCUUCGUGUCGUCUCUCUGAGCCCCGGACACCACUCCGUCCUUACCGAUACAGGCUCCUUUCGUCACUCCCGGGCCUCCGGAGCUCCACUUUUAUUCUGGCCGACACGUAAGAGCCCGCGUCAGGCUACACCUCCGCCGCGUCACCGGGAACAACAACACGGAGAUUGGAGAAGGACGAGAAAGCAGAUGGCGACACUGAACGAAAAGACCCGAGUCGUGAACGUAGAAGGGCGGAAAAGGCCGAAGAGAAACGGAACAUUACGACGCCUCCCGCCUUUGAAAGCUUUGGCGAAAUUACAGACGUUCACAUUUAGCAAUCAACUAAGAGUUUAA